AAGCAGCAUGAUACUGCUCUCGCUCAUGCCCUCCCUCCUGAGCUGCUCCAGCAGGGUCGCUGCCUUCACUCGCCCUGUCCUCUCCUCCAUCCCCACCAGUCAGGCACGUACGCGACUUUCCACAAGCAGCAGCUCCAUGUGCUCAAAGAUCGAGACGUUCCACCCUCGGCAGACGGCUGAGUCCUCGCUGGAUGUCAAGUGGAAGAAUCCAACGAGCAUCCAUGUUGUGCUCGGAUCCAAGUCGUUCACGCGGCAGCUGCUGCUCAAGGAGAUGGAAGUGGAGUACGAAUGCUUCCCGCCAACAUUGACGAGAAGGCCAUCCGCUCGGAAGAUCCUGAGAAGCUGGUGCUGGCGCUGGCAAAUGCCAAGGCAGACGCGCUGUUACAGCGUCACUGCAAGGAUGGGAAAUGGACCGGAAGCGAGCAAGUGGACGAGAGCAAAGUCACGCUGCUGCUGACCAGCGACCAGGUGGUUGUGCAUGAGGGAAGGAUACUCGAGAAGCCGGAGGACCAGGAGGAGGCGAGGUCUUUCAUAUCGGGGUAUGGAAGGAGUCCUCCCUCCACAGUGGGUGCGAUAGCGGUCACCAACGUUGCGACGGGGAAGCGGGUUACGUCGCUUGACAAGGCGACGAUAGUUUUCAACUCAAUCCCCUCCGACGUGAUCGAAGAGAUUGUGAAGGAUGACAUGACGCUGCACUGUGCUGGAGGGCUCAUGGUUGAAGAUCCCAGGAUCCAGCCCUACCUCGUCAGGAUCGAAGGAGGAAUGGACUCUGUGAUGGGUUUGGGUAAACGGACCACAAGGUCCUUGUUAGAGUCUGUCUUGCAGUGAGAAGUUUGUUGCUGACUAAUAAACCACCGUCACCUGCG